CGGAGGCGGAGCAAGGCCAGAAGGCUCUUCGGGAUCCUCAGGUUUUCUUUUUGCUCGUGUGCUGCUGCUUCUGUCCUACUGAGCGCACACACGAGGAGGGGUGGUCCGGCUUGACCCUGACCCCAAAACACGCCUCCGAGACCAUCCUGAUGCACAUCUGCCAUUUCCUGUUUCCCAGGCGACACGCAAACACACACACAUGCGCGCACUCUCACAUUAUCUCUCGUACUCUCAUGUGCAACAGCACACACGCGUGAUGAAGAUGAAGAUGAAGAUGGCACGGAGUCGGAUGCUUUCAUGUCGCUCAGAUGACAAACACUUUCCACUCUGGUGUGUGUGUGUGUGUGAGAGACAUAUGGUUUUCAUAACUCCCCCAAACCCUCAGCGCGCGCACACACAGACACACACACUGAGUGAACCAGGUUUUAUUCCACUUCUUGCAGCCCCCUCUUCCAAAAACACACCAUUCUUUUUCCUCGACGAAGCAAAAGAAGCCCCCCCCUCCUCCGCGGCCGCCCGCAAAGCCUUCCAGCCCUCCGUCCUCCCCUUCAGUCGCAGGCGAACUCUGCAGAGGCGAGCGACACAGAUCAACUGCUCCCCUCAUUUCUGCAAAGCAAAAGACACAAUUAAGAUCCGACUUGUGCAGCUUCUGCUUGUGGUUCUUCUUCUUCUUCUUCGCUUUUUCUUGAUUUUUUUUGACUUUCCGAUGGGGCCGCUUCGGGCCUGGCUGCUGCUGUGCCUCGUGGCCGGCGGAGGGCGCGCCGCCGCCGCCGCCGCCGAGCUGGAGGAGAAGGACGCGCUGUGCCACUCGCGCGGAUGCUUGGCCGUCUUCACGCAGCGGAGAACCUUCCGGGAGGCGGGGCGCAGCUGCCGGGAGCGCGGCGGGACGCUGGCGACGCUGCACGACCGCCAGGCCGCCGACGCCGUCCACCGGCUGCUGGCGGGCGCGGAGCCGCACGGCGCUCGGGUGCGCCUGCGCCUGUGGAUCGGGCUGCACCGGGCGCCGCGCCAGUGCUCCGCCGUGCGACCGCUGCGCGGAUUCGUGUGGGUCACAGGCGACCAGGAGGGUCAGUUCACCAACUGGCUGCGCGAGGAGGCGGCGGGCGCCUGCGCGGCGCCACGAUGCGUGGCCGUGACGGUGAACACGGCGGACGGCGCCCGCCGCGACACCCACGACGGCGACAACUUCAAGUGGUUGGACGGCUCGUGCGGUCUGGCGCUGGACGGCUUCGUGUGCCAGUACCCCUCCGAGGGCAUGUGCCCGCCCCUGGAGGACGAGGGGCAGGGGGCGGCCGCUUACUCCACGCCGUUCCGGCUGACCAGCCGGACGCUGACCCACGUGCCGUACGGCUCGGUGGCCGCCCUCGCGUGUCCGCCCCGGCCCUCGGAGGCAGACGCCCCCGCCCCCGCCGAGCAGACGGCGCUGUGCGUGGAGAGAGACGACGGGUCGGUGGGCUGGUCCCGGGACGCGCCGCUCUGCGGGGCCCGCGCGCCGCCGCCCGACCGUGAGCGGUGCGGCACGGACCACGGGUGCCAGCAACACUGCCAGAACACGGACUCGGACUACUACUGCUACUGCUCGGAAGGAUACACGCUCGCCGAGGACGGCUACAGCUGCCACCUGGACCCCUUGGACCCCACGGACCCUCCCGAGCUUUCCUCUUCUUCAGACGCCGCCGCGCCCAGCGAGCCGCCCCGCCUCAAAGCGGCGUGCGAGGCCACGGGCUGCGAGUACGACUGCGUAGAAACGUCCCGGGGGGUCCGUUGCACGUGUCCUCCGGGGUACCAAAUGGGCCCGGACGGGCGUCGGUGUUCCGACGUGGACGAGUGCCGGCAGCGGCCGUGCCCGCAGGCGUGCGUCAACGUGCCCGGAACCUUUCACUGCGCGUGUCACGCCGGCUACCGAGCCGACGACGAGGGCGAGUGCGUGGACGUGGACGAGUGCGAGGACGAGGGGAGCUGCGAGGGCGCCUGCCGGAACACCGAGGGCUCCUUCGCCUGCGCCUGUCGCCACGGUUACCGGCCGUCGGGCGACGGCACGUGCCGGGACGUGGACGAGUGCGUGGGGGCGUCGCCCUGCCAGCAGCAGUGUCUCAACUACGUCGGCAGCUACCAGUGUUACUGCGACGACGGUUACGAGCUGCGAGCCGACGGACUCGGUUGCCGGCCGACGCCCGCCGACGAAGAAUACUCCACUAUGACCCCGGACCCCACCGACCCGGCCCACGCGCCGGAUCCGGACCGCGAAGGCCCGCGCACCGCUCGGCCCGACCUUGACGUCCCCGAAACCGCCGACUCCGACGAGCGCCGGCACCGAUGGGACGCCCCCUCGCGGAGGGGGUACCGGACGGAGCGGCCGCCCGCCACACGCGAGAGCGACGGCGAGGGAGGCCGCCCUGCGGCUGGAGGUCAAGAAGGCGAAGGCGAACGCGACCGCGGCAAGGUCAAACAUGACAAGAGCUGGCUGCUGGUGGCGCUGUUGGUGCCGCUCUGCGUGUUCCUGGUGGUGAUGUUGGCACUGGGCAUCGUCUACUGCACCAGCUGCGCCGUGGACAAGAACAUGCGCCUGUCGGAAUGCUGCCGCUGGAUCCUCCCCACGCCCAACCUCAACAGCGCCGAGCCCAAAGGACGAGCGUGACGCUGACAGGGAAACGCUCCCACGCGUGACAUUGUCAUGUGACACGUCUCCCGUGUGUCACACAAGCGUGAUUAGGGUUCCCACCUCGUUUCCGGGCAGGACACGCCCUGCUCCGAUAUUACUGGCUCCAGGACACACGCCGCUGCACUACCAUUGGCUGCUGUAUCCCGGGCAAAAACACGCCCUACUGACGGGAGAGGAAGUUUUGGACUCAAGUGCGGCGGCGUUAAUGUUUCCCGCUAAGCCUAACCCAACGCCUUCGCCCUGAACCCAAACAAAUGUCUGUUUAUUGUUUAUUUCAUGCAAACGUGACGCGUUUGGGCUGGCCAUCUCGUUACAUCUGCAAGGCCUGCCCUUCCCGCGACACAGGAGCCAAUCGUGCCGCAGCGGGGCGUGUCCUGCCUGCCUGCAAACUCGGUGGGAAUCCUAAUAACGCAUACUUGAGCGUGUCACGAGGUCAUCGUCACGUGCGAUGCGGUCACAUGACAGGUCACGUAGCACGGCGAGGGGAUGUGGGCACGUGACGUGUCACGGUCACGUGACGAGCUCAUAUAUUGCAUACCGCGUCACACGGUCGCGUGGUAUGGUCACGUGACGCGUGACACGUCAUCACAAGACCACCGCUGGGCCGACUUUGUCUGUCGCACGCCUUCUGUAAAUAAAGCACUUGUGUUCCCCCCGUUUUGAAAAACAAUAAAAGGACUUCAACAAA